GAAGUUGAAUUUGAAAAAAAAAAAAAAUUGAACAGACGUCACAUGUUUCCUGUGUAUAGUGGAGCUCCAACCUGCAGCCGGACCCCAGCAGCCCCUGAUCAUGUGACUCCUCCUCCUCUUUCUCCAUGUGACUGAUCACAUGACUGUGACAUCAUGGCAGGUGGUGUAAGCACAGGGAUCCUCUGUUUUCAAGACUGACCCAACAAGGAUGGAAAGAGACAGAGACAAGAUGGCCGACAGGAUCAUAAGCCUCACCCUACAGAUACUCUUCCGGCUUACUGGAGAGGAUUACACAGUAGUGAAGAAGUCCUCUAGUGGGCGCUGUCGGGCCCCUGUGUGUGAAGGAUGGGGAAGAACCCUGAGCCCAAUCCAAGGGCCCCCACCUCACCCCCUGAUACAUGAGGAAAUGGAUGAACAGAAGAUCCUAGAACUGAUCAACAAGAUGAUGGAGCUGCUGACUGGAGAGGUUCCUAUAAGAUGUCAGGACGUGGCGGUGUAUUUCUCCAUGGAGGAGUGGGAGUAUGUAGAAGGACACAAGGAUCAGUACAAGGAUCAGGUGAUGAUGGAGGAUCAGCAGCCCCUCACAUCAGCAGUCAGAUCCAGUAAGAGAACAGCAGCAGAGAGGUGUCCCCGUCCUCUUCUUCCACAGGAUCAGGAUCAGCUUAAGAAUCAGGGUGAACAUUUGAACUAUAUUAAUGCAACAGACAUAGUAAAGGAAGAAGAAGAGACAGAUGUGAGCAGUAAUGAGCAGUUUAAGGAGGACAUUCCUACAGGUAACCACCCAGAUGAUUGUACCAGGAGAUCAGAGGAGAAUCUUAUAUCUUCAUAUUAUAAAGCAGAUGAUGAUAUCACACAAGAUACAUAUGAAGAACAUUCCAUUAUCCCAGAUACACCCUCAGCCCUUCACAGCCAAGAUCUCUCAUCUCAUCCUGUUAUACCCGUCCUGUCUUCUGAUUCUUCACAGGCUGGUAAACAAAAUAAAAGCCACAGAAGAAAUGAGAAACAUCAAAGAGCUCUCACAGGAGAGAAGCCAUUUUCAUGCCCAGAAUGUGGAAAACGUUUUACUUUGAAAUCGCGUCUUGCAGGACAUCGGAAAAUUCACACAGGCGAGAAGCCAUAUUCAUGUGCACAAUGUGGGAAGUGCUUUACUUGGAAAUCAAAACUUGUUGAACACAAAAGAGCACACACAGGAGAGAAGCCAUUUUCAUGCUCAGAAUGUGGGAAAUGUUUUACUCAGAAAGCACAUCUUGUUGAACAUCAAAGGACUCACACAGGAGAGAAGCCAUUUCCAUGCCCAGAAUGUGGGAAGUGUUUCUCAAGGAAAGCAAUUCUUGCUGAACAUCAGAAAAUUCAUAUAGGGCAGAAGCCAUUUUUAUGUUCAGAAUGUGGGAAAUGUUUUACUGUAAAAUCAUCUCUUAUUGAACAUCACAGAAUACACACAGGGGAAAAGCCAUUUUCCUGCCAACACUGCCGGAAAUGUUUUACCAGGAAAUCAGAUCUUGUUAUACAUCAAAGAACUCACACAGGGGAGAAGCCAUUUUCAUGUUCAGAAUGUGGGAAAUGUUUUCCUCAAAAAUCACAACUUAUUAGACAUAAUAGAAUUCACACAGGAGAAAAGCCGUUUUUAUGUCGAGAAUGUGGAAAAUGUUUUACUCAGAAAUCAACUCUUGUCGAGCAUCAAAGAACUCACACAGGAGAGAAGCCAUUUUCAUGUGCUGAAUGUGGGAAAUGUUUCACAGCGAAAUCACAUCUUGUUGAUCAUCAAAGAUUUCACACAGAGAUCUACACCAGACAGGACGUUGAGCUGAAGAUAACAGAGCAGACAGUUUGCAUCAAAAGCACACCCCAGAAAGGGAGAAGUGAGCAGAAAAUUCAAGCUAAGCUGUCACCUGAACAGGUUAAAAAUGAUUUCAGGGACUUAGGCCGGAAGCUUAAGGCAAGGACCUCCAAGGUAAUAUUUUCUGAAAUAUUACCUGUACCACGAGCCACACCAGAGAGGCAGCAGGAGAUUAGGGAGGUUCCUAUAAGGUGUCAGGACGUGGCGGUGUAUUUCUCCAUGGAGGAGUGGGAGUAUGUAGAAGGACACAAGGAUCAGUACAAGGAUCAGAUGAUGAUGGAGGAUCAGCAGCCCCUCACAUCAGCAGUCAGAUCCAGUAAGAGAACAGCAGCAGAGAGGUGUCCCCGUCCUCUUCUUCCACAGGAUCAGGAUCAGAUUAUGAAUCAGGAUAAAGAUCUAAAUGAUAUUAAUGCUCCAAAGACAUAUGUGAGCAGUGAUGAGAAGUAUAAGGAGGACAUUCCUGCAGGGAAAGAUCUGAUCUAUAUUAAUGCUACAGACAUAAAGAAAGAAGAAGAGACAAAUGUGAGCGGUGAUGAGCAGUAUAAGGAGGACAUUCCUACAGGAAAAGAUCUGAUCUAUAUGAAUGCUCUAGACAUAAUAGUAAAGGAAGAGACAGAUGUGAGCGGUGAUGAGCAGUAUAAGGAGGACAUUUUUACUGGAAAAGAUCGGUCCUAUAUUAAUGCUACAGACAUAAAGAAAGAAGAAGAGACAACAGGUUUGAGCUGUGAUGAGCAGUAUAAGGAGGAUAUUCCUACAGGGAAAGAUCUGAGCUAUAUUAAUGCUCUAGCCCAAAGGGUAAAAGAAGAGGAGACAGAUUUGAGCGGUGAUGAGCAAUACAAGGAGGACAUUACUACAGAUUCUUGUACCAGGAGAUCAGAGGAGAAUCUUAUAUCUUCAUAUUAUAAAGCAGAUGAUGAUAUCACACAAGAUACAUAUGAAGAACAUUCCAUUAUCCCAGAUACACCCUCAGCCCUUCACAGCCAAGAUCUAUCAUCUCAUCCUGUUAUACCCGUCAUGUCUUCUGAUCCAUCACAGGCUGGUAAACAGAUUAAAAGUUGCUUAAGGGGUGUUGGAAAUAAAAGAGCUCACAGACAGAAGCCGUUUUCAUGUCCAGAAUGUGGGAAAUGUUUUACUUGGAAAUCGGACCUUAUUUCACAUGUGAGAGUUCACACAGGGGAGAGACCAUUUCCAUGCCCAGAAUGUGGGAGGAGUUUCUCAAGAAAUUUAAGUCUUGUUGAACAUCAGAGAAUUCAUACGGGGGAGAAGCCAUUUUCAUGUUCAGAAUGUGGUAAAAGUUUUAUUCUGAAAUCGCAACUUGUUAUACAUCAAAGAACUCACACGGGGGAGAAGCCAUAUCCAUGCCCAGAAUGUAAGAAAUGUUUUACUCAGAAAAUACAUCUUGUGAAUCAUCAAAGAACUCACUUAACAGAGAAGCCAUUUCCAUGCCCAGAAUGUGAAAAGUGCUUCUCAAGGAAAGCAAGUCUUCUUGAACAUCAUAAAUUUCACACAGGAGAGAAGCCAUUUAUAUGCUCAGAAUGUGGGAAAUGUUUCAAUUUGAAUUCACAACUCAUUGAACAUAAUAGAAUUCACACAGGAGAAAAGCCAUAUCCAUGUUUAGAAUGUGGGAAAUGUUUUGCUCUGAAAUCACUUCUGAAUAAACAUCAAAUAACUCACACAGGGGAGAAGCCAUAUUCAUGUUCAGAAUGUGGGAAAUGUUUUAUUCUCAAAUCAUCUCUUGUUCAACAUCAAAGAAUUCACACAGGGGAGAAGUCAUUACAAUGCACAGAAUGCGAAAAAUGUUUUACUCAGAAAUCAUCUCUUGUCCAACAUCUGAGAAUUCACACAGGGGAGAAGCCAUUUUUCUGCCUGGAAUGUGGGAAAUCUUUUACUUCAAAAUCAAUACUUGUACAACAUCAAAAAACUCACACAGGAAAGAGGCCGUUUCCAUGUCCAGAAUGUGACAAAUCUUUUACUCGUAAAUCAAUACUUAUUCAACAUGAGAAAAUUCAUACAGGGGAGAAGCCAUUUUUGUGCCAAGAAUGUGGGAAAUGUUUUACUCGUAAAUCAUUACUUAUAGAGCAUCAUAGAAUUCACACAGGGGAGAGGCCAUUUAAAUGUUCAGAAUGUGGGAAAUCUUAUACCUUAAAAAAAACUCUUAUUGAACAUCAAAGAACUCACACAGGGGAGUUUUCAUGUCCAGUGUGUGGGAAACGUUUCUUAAGGAAAGGACAUCUUGUUGAACACCAGAAAACCCACACAGAGGAGAAGCCAUUAUCAUGAACCAUAUGUUGAAAGUUUGUAACCACAAGUCAGCUCUAAAUCAACUUAAAAAAUCAUAUUGAGCAUAGGAAAAAUAUUUUAAUGAUCAGAAGGUGGGAAAAAUUUAACCCACUAAUAUAUAAUUAUUAUUUUUUUCAACCCGUCUUAUUUAGAACAAAAACAUAGCAGCAAAUCCAGCAGUACAGAUCCAGAUAAAAUGAUCAUCUUUUAUUUAACCCCUUAAGGACCAAGACCAUUUUGACCUUAACCCCUUAAGAACGCAGCCCUUUUUCACCUUAAGGACUGAGCCCUUUUUCGCAAUUCUGACCACCAUCGCCUUAUGAAUUAAUAACGCGAAAACGCUUUUACCAAAUAGUCUGAUUCUGAGAUCGUUUUUUCAUGACAUAUUCUACUUUAUUUUGAUGGUAAAUUUUCGGCAUUACUUGCAUCCUUUUUUGGUGAAAAAUCCCAAAAUUUCAUGAAAAUUUUUAAAAUUUAGCAUUUUUCUAACUUUGAAGCUCUCUACUUGUAAGGAAAAUGGAUAUUCACAAUAAAUUUUAUUUUUCUUCACAAAUACAAUAUGUCCACUUUAUGUUGGCAUCAUAAAAUGGACAUUUUAGCUUUUUGAAAAAAUUAGAGGGCUUCAAAGUAGAGCAGCAAUUUUCAAAAAAUUCAUGAAAAUUGCUAAAUCUGAAGGGACAGAUGUUACAGAACUACAACUCCCAGCAUGCCUGGGCAGUCUAGGCAUGCUGAGAGUUGUAGUUUGGCAACAUCUGGAGGGCUACCGUUUGGGCACCACUGUAACAGUGGUCUCCAAACUGUGACCCUCCAGAUGUUGCAAAACUACAACUCCCAGCAUUCCCAGAGGCUGUCUAGGCAUGCUGGGAGUCGCAGUUUGGCCUUCCUAGUGGUUGCCACAGUAAAGAUCGCUUUACUUUCACCUUCAAUUCCCCCCCCACCGACGAUUCCCUACCUGAGCCAGGAUCCAGCAGUCUCCAGCGAAGAUCCCGGGUCCCCAGGCAUAUUUUCCUGCAGUUACGGCCUCCAUCUUCUUCCCACAAUCCCCUCGAAAUCCAGGGGCGGGCAGAAAGGGGGUUGCCAUGGCAACCUCCUGUCCUGCGCUGCCAUUGAUCAGAACUCCGUUCUGCUAAUGGCAGGGGAUAGGAGGAGAUCGCAGCUCUGCGACCUCACUCCUAUCCCCUAGGCUGAUCGGGGCUGUCGCUGACAACUCCAA